AAAUUCAAAAUCACUUUAGACUCUCCUGUGAGACCAAAAUCACAUGUAAAAAUGAGUCAUGAUUUUGGACCAACGUGAGAUUAGAUGGGACCGUAGCCGUGUAGCCCCAUUGCAUCUCAUCCCAUUAAUUAAUGAUCGAGCCAGCCUUAUUGGUCCCCGUCACUCUCUUCCUCUCACUCUCACGGGGACGAUGUCCGGAGAUCAGAUUCAGAACCUCGAUCAGUCGCCGGCACCGGACCUCCUAGUGCGGCCGGUCGGCGGCACCGAGUACAGCUGGUGCAAGGCCGUCCCCGUCGGCACCGGCGUCACCGUCCUCGCCCUCCUCCUCAGGAAACCUCCGGACUCCUCCCUCGUCCUCUCCGCCCUCCACGGCCUGCAGACUACCCACCCCAUCCUCCGUUCCAAGCUCCACUUCGACGCCGCCACCAACUCUUUCUCCUUCCUCACUCCCCCGGUUCCACACCUCGUAAUCUCCGCCUUCGACCUCGACUCGACGUCCGAGAUCCUCCGUGGCUCGGGGGAGAAAGGCAGCCCCGCGCCAACCCGAUUCCAGCAAAUAAUCGAGCACGAGAUGAGCAGGAACCCGUGGACCGAGCUCGAUCCCUCGGUGGACAGCGACUGGGACGUGCUCCACGCGAGCGCCUACUCCCUUGAGGAGGGCCGGUGCGUCGUGGCACUCCGGCUCCACACCGCCGCUUGCGACCGCGCGGCAGCGGCGGCGCUGCUGAGGGAGCUGCUGGCGCUGGUGGUCGGAGGGGAAGGGGCUGGGAAGGGAAAUAAUGGAGGAGAGGAAGGGGUAAAUGUGGAAAUAGAGAAGCUUAUCCCGAGCGGGAAAGCGGACAAGCCCUUUUGGGCGCGUGGACUGAACAUGCUGGGCUACUCUUUGAACUCGCUGAGGAUGGCCCACCUCGACUUCAUCGAACCGGGCUCGCCCAGGGCUUCUCAACUGGUCCGACUCCAGAUGAAUGCUGACGACACCCGAAGACUUCUCGCUGGAUGUGAAUCCAGGGGUGUUAAGCUAUGUGCAGCUUUGGCAGCGGCGGCUCUGAUCGCAGCUCAUUCUUCCAAGGACCUUCCUGAUAAAAAAUGGGAGAAGUACUCUGUUGUCACGCUCAUCAAUUGUAGGUCGAUUCUCGACCCGGUUCUUCCUGCCCAAUCUGCUGGAUUCUACCACUCAGCCAUCAUGAACUCACACGACAUAUGUGGCGGAGAAGAACUCUGGGAGCUCGCCGAGAGAACCUACACGGCCUAUGUGGGCACCAAGGACAACGACAAACACUUCUCUGAUAUGGGAGACCUCAACUUCCUCAUGUGCAGGGCCAUUGAGAACCCAGGGCUUACCCCCUCAGCCUCCAUGAGAACGGCCUUCGUCUCUGUGUUUGAGGACUCCAUCAUCGACGAGUCCAGCCCACUGCAGCUGCAGCAAGAGAUCGAGCUGGAGGACUACAUGGGCUGCGCCUCGGUCCACGGAGUUGGCCCGUCGAUCGCUAUUUUUGACACGGUGAGAGACGGCCAGUUGGACUGUGCGUGUGUCUACCCAUCCCCGCUCCAUUCGAGGGAGCAGAUGACGAAGCUGGUCGAUGACAUGAGGAGAAUACUGAUCGGCAGUGACUAGUCCGUCAUCGAAGACGUGUGAAAGUAUUUCAUGCGAGGAUUAUCUGUCCUCUCCUAUAUCCAUUAGUGAAUAAGAAAAGGAGAACUCGACUCUAACGCGAAUACUUAUUGAUUUUCGGUACUAGCGAUGAGCUCAACUCGUUUGAUAUAUAUCAGAGCUCUUAUCAUCAUCAUAAAGAAUCCAUCAACUUUCCGAGAUUUGAAUCAA